UUUGGUAGACACCCAACAUUCAAAUUUUCCACAACAUGCCGUGUAUACAAUUCCACCGUGAUACUGGAGCAGCCUCAAACUUCAGGGUAAUUGCGUGAUCAUCCUACUCUCUCUCUCUCUAAAACUCUCUGUUUCUCUAAAACUCUCUCUCUACAAAAUAGUUCUUACAUCAAUUUUAUCUCUCCCUGCUGUAUAGCGAGAGAGAUUAUCAAAGUAUCAAAAAUGGAUUACAACAAGAACAACUUUACCAACAUCGCCGUUCUCUCCAUCCUCUUCGCCGCCGUUGUUUAUCUCUGUUUCUGGUCUUCCACCUCCUCCAACUACUCUUUCUUCUUCACUCGAAACCAGCCAUGCCCCUCACAAUCAGAUACUUUACAGGGUGUGACAAAAGAUGAGCUUGACGUGGUAUUGGAGGAAGCAUCGAUGUCCAACAAGACUGUUGUGAUUGCUGUAGUGAACAGAGCGUACGCGGAAGAACAAAACGGCGGCGUUUACAUGACGAUGUUGGAUCUUUUUCUGGAGAGUUUUUGGGUAGGAGAAGAGACGAGGGGAUUGCUUGAUCAUCUGUUGGUGGUGGCCGUGGAUCAGACGGCGUACGAUCGGUGCAUAUUCCGUGGGUUGCACUGUUAUAGGCUGGUGACGGACGGUGUGGAUUUCACGGGAGAGAAGCUUUACAUGUCAGAUGAGUUCAUCAAGAUGAUGUGGAGAAGAACUCGGUUUCUAUUGGAUGUGCUCAAUCGCGGCUACAACUUCAUCUUCACGGACACUGAUGUAAUGUGGCUAAGGAAUCCAUUUGAAAGGCUAAGCAAGAACGAAACAGAGGACAUACAGAUGAGCACGGACGACUUCAACGGCGAUGCAUGGUCGGAAGCCAACUUCAUCAACACUGGUUUUUACUACGUGAGAUCAAACAAUAGGACCAUCUCGUUGUUUCAGAAAUGGUAUGACAUGAAGGACAACUCUACAGGGAUGAAAGAGCAAGAUGUUUUGGCCAGAUUGAUACACGAUGGUGUGCUAAGACAAUUAGGCCUCAAAGUGAGGUUCUUGGACACCCUCUAUUUUAGUGGUUUUUGCAAAGAUAGUAGAGAUAUAACCGCGGUGACAACCGUCCACGCGAAUUGCUGCCGGAGUAUUAGCGCGAAGGUGACGGAUUUGGCGGCCGUUCUUCGCGAUUGGAAGAAGUUCAGAAGGUUAGUGGCUAGGUACCCUAGGGCUGCUGCUAAUGCAACACUGAACUUCCAGUGGUCCAAGCACAUUGGUUGUUUCAAAUCAUGGAGAGUUCCUACUAAUAGUCCUACUUUAGGGUAGGGAUGGUUGAUCAAUGCUUGAUUGUCCAAGCACAUUGGUUGUAGCAAUUCAUGGAGAGCUUUUAAUAAUAGUUUAGGGUAGGGAUGGUUGAUCAAUCUUUGAUUGUCAAUAUUUUUUUUUUUUUUUUUUUUUUUUUUUUUUUUUUUAUGGUAAAAAUAUCAAGGGUUAUUGAUUAGUUGUCAGAGACACGAUAAACAAUCCAACAACUUCAACAACACGACACUUACCAUACUUUUGAUAAUCAAUUCAGAUUUCAUAGAAUAAACGUUUGAACAAUUUAGAAUAUAAUACUUAAUUAGUGUAUUCAAUUUCCCGCAAAGUAAACAUUUUGUAGUGUUUUGCA